AAAUUAAUUAAAAUGGGAGAAGUUUUUUAAUAGCAAAUAUAUUAUAUAUGGCUUUGAUUUGUUUAACCAAGGAAAAUGAUCGAGAUGCAUUCAUUGUUCUCGAUACUAAUAAGUCAGAAAUCGAAUAAACAAGGAUGUCUUUUGUCCAGUUUAAGAUUAAUCAGACAUGGUUCCUGGGAAUUCUGACUUUCGGUUUGAUAGGCGGCGCAUGUUUCAUCAGAAUGGCUUUUCUCCAAACGGCAAAUGCUCCGGCGGCCAUUUGCGAGACAACAGACCUGGUGGCAGCUGGCGGCGGCACCGCCGAAACCCGGCAGCUAUUGGAAGCCAUCCUCCACUACGCCACCUCGCGCCUGACGACGCAACAAAGCAUCGACGAGAUCAGAGUGUGCAAGGACGUGCUCCAAAAGCUCGGGCCCACCAACUUCCUAGUUUUCGGGCUGGGCUACGACUCGCUCAUGUGGGCCUCCUUCAAUCUGCACGGCACCACGGUGUUCCUAGAGGAGGACCCAAAGGUCUACGACGCAAUAGUCGGCGGCGGGCCCAACCACCCGAACCUGACGGCGCACGUGGUCAAGUACUCGACGAAGCUGUCGGAAGCGGCGGAGCUGGUCCAGCAUUUCAGGGAGGAGCCGGAUUGCUCGGCUCGGAAGUCGUUCCUGCGCGGCAACCUCCGGUGCAGGCUGGCUCUGCACGCGCUCCCCAGCGACGUUUACGACAAGGAGUGGGACCUGAUCAUGAUUGACGGGCCGAGGGGGUACUACGGGGAAGCGCCGGGGAGGAUGGGGUCCAUCUACUCGGCGGGCGUGAUGGCGCGGAACAGGAAGCGAUCUGGUGUGACGCACGUGUUCCUGCACGACGUGAACCGCAAAGUGGAGAAGGUGUACGCUGAGCUGUUCUUGUGUAGGAAACAUUUAGUGGAUGCAGUGGGAAACCUUUGGCAUUUCGAAAUCCCUGCUGCCUCCUCACAUCUCCAUACUCAUUUUUGCUAAGUGUCAACAAUUUGUCAAAUUGGUUGAUCUACUCAAUGAACUAGCUAGAGUAGUCAUUUUCAAUAAUAAUUCAUCCCAAAGGGGCUAAAAACGAAACGGCUUUAAUUUGCACUACUUUCC